GCCCUUCCAGCGCUUUGGGCCUGUGCCCAGGUAGCUCGGGAGCCCAAACCCGUCGGGCCAGUUUUGAGAGCCGGAGCACAGAGGCUGGCGAAGGAUGCACGGCUGGCCCUGCGUUCCUCCCACACUCUCUGCCGCCUGAGCCCCACAUUUGCCUGCUCCUCAUGGCAAGCGCACCAGGCCUCCCAGCACGUCUGCUGGGCCUGAUGCUGUCCCUGAGCCUGCGGGGGGCGCAGGCCGUGGACUGUGGGUCUCUCGGCCCAGCCUCACGCCUGACUUUCACACCCACAGCCAGGGACCUAUGGCUGGCUCCUCGUGUCCGCGCUCCUGGGCCUCUGGACCACCUCUACAGCACCGUGCGCCGCUUCCUCUCUGCUGUGCAGCCCAAACCCUUCCCCACCGAACUGGCCAGGGCGCUGCUGAAUGAGCCGGCCUCCGUGAAGGUGGACGAGGUGGUGCAGUACGAGACUGGCUACGUGGUGUGUGCUGUAAUCGCCGGCCUCUACCUCCUGGUGGUGCCCGCUGCCGGGCUCUGUUUCUGUUGUUGCCGUGGCCGCAAGAGGCGCUGUGGGGGUCGAGUGAAGACGGAGCACAAGGACAUGGCCUGUGAGCGUGGCACCCUCAUGACCUUCCUGCUGCUCACCACCCUCGUGCUGCUGAUUGGCGUUGUCUGUGCCUUUGUCACCAACCAGCGUGUGCAUGAACAGAUGGGCCCCAGUGCCAAGGCUGUGCCUGAGACACUGCUCAGCCUCCGGGGCCUGGUCUCUGAUGUUCCCCAGGAGCUGCAGGCUGUGGCACAGCAGUUCUCCCUUCCCCAGAAACGUGUCUUGAAGGACCUGGAUGGUGUUGCCACGAGCAUCGGGAGCACAAUCCACACCCAGCUCAGGAGCACAGUUUACGAGAUGCUGGCCUCACUGCUCAGCCUGGGCCAUGCCCUACAGGUCUCCGUGGACCACCUCCGAGCCCUGAACACCACUCUUGUGGAGCUGUGGAAGGGCCAGCAGGAGCUGGAUCAGGCUGUUCGGGCACACCGGGAGCACCUCCAUGCCCUGCUGCAGGAGCCUGACUGCCAGAGCUGUGCAGAGACCCUGAGCCGGGUCCAAGACCUGGAGUUGGGAGCUGACUUCAGCCAGGUGCCCCAAGUGGAUGAUGUCCUACAUCACCUGAAGGGGGUCCCAGAGGCCAACUUCUCCAGCAUGGUCCAGGAGGAGAACAGCACCUUCAAUGCCCUCCCACUCCUGGCCUCCUUGCAGAUGGCCGAUGUGGUCACAGAGCUGAAGAAGGUGGUGGCCCAGCAGCCCGAAGGGUUGAAGACAAUGGCCAAAGUAUUCCCAGACUGGGAGGCAGCCUCUCGCUGGAGCCAGGCGCUGGAGAAGGUGGAAAACAAUAGUCGCCCCUACCUGAAGGAGGUGCAGAGAUACGAGAAGUACAGGUGGAUUGUGGGCUGCGUGCUGUGUUCUGCGGUCCUGCUGGUGGUGGUCUGUAACCUGGUGGGCCUCAACCUGGGCAUCUGGGGGCUGUCUGCCCGGGAGCACCCCAGCCACUUGGAAGCCAAGGGCAGGGCUGGAGCCCGCAUCCUCAUGGUGGGUGUGGGCCUCAGCUUCCUCUUUGCUGGGCCCCUCAUCCUCCUCGUCUUCUCUACGUUCCUGGUGGGUGGCAACGUGCAAACGCUGGUGUGCCGGAGCUGGGAGAGCGGGGAACUCUAUGAGUUUGUUGACACUCCGGGGAACCUGCCCUCGUCCAUGAACUUGCCCCACCUUCUGGGCCUGAAGAAGAAUAUCAGCAUCCUCCUGGCCUAUCAGCAGUGCAGGAAAGGGGCCCCACUCUGGAAGGUCCUGCAGCUCAAUGACUCCUAUGACCUGGAGAUGUACCUGGAUAUGAGCCAGUAUAUGGCUAACCUGGAGCAAGAGUUGCAGAACCUCACGGUGGAUGUGAAGAGUCUGGACCUGCUGAGUCCAGCUGGCCAGCGGGACCUGAGGGCUCUGCAGAGCAGUGGGCUUGGUAGCAUCCACUACUCCAGCUUCUUCAUCCAGAUCCAAAAGCCGGUGGUGAACACCAGUGUGGAGCAGCUGGCCCAGGAGCUGGAAGGACUGGCCCACUCUCAGGGCGAUUCUGUGCUGGAGAAGCAACUACAGCAGGAGGCCCAAGGGCUCGAAAACUUCUACCAGAACAAGGUCCUCCCCCAGCAGCACCUUGUGGCCAAGCUCAACAUCAGUGCCAGGGCUCUGGCUUUCUCAGCGCCAAGCCUCCAGCUGGAGACCUCAGGUGUCCUAGACAGGGUCACUCACCUAAAAGAAGAGCUACCUGCCUGGGCUGCCCGUAUCCUGAAGAAUGAAAGCAAGUGCUUCCUGACCCGGGAGAUGGGAUACUUUUUCCAGUAUGUGGCCUGGGUGAGAGAGGAGGUGACUCAGCGCAUUGCCACCUGCCAGCCCCUCUCUGGAGCCCUGGACAAUGGCCGUGCGAUCCUGUGUGACAUGAUGGCUGACCCAUGGAAUGCCUCCUGGUUCUGCCUUGCUUGGUGUACCUUCUUUCUGGUCCCCAGUAUCAUCUUUGCCAUCAAGACCUCCAAAUACUUCCAUCCCAUCUGGAAACGCCUUAGCUCCAGUAGCUCUGAGGAGACUCAGCUCUUCCACAUCCCCCGGGUCACCUCCUUGAAGCUGUAGGACUCUGGGAGUUUGCUAGCUGCAAAGUAAUGCCAGCGCUGCCACAUUCCGCCUUUGACUUGGCCUGGACCAGAGGGCUUCUGUCGCUCUUGCUCCCAGAGCCCAGGCUGGCAUCCAGGCCUGCGCAGCCCCCCGCUCCCAGCUUCCUGACCCCACCUUGCCUGUUCCCUUUCUACCCCUGUCUCUCCACAGUCCCCUUUGUUUGUUCUCAUAAGCAGACUUAAGUGCUACUGAGCUACAGAGCCAAUAGGUUCUUCCAGGUAUCCAUCCCUUCUCCUCCUUGUGACAUGUCUGCACCUAGAAGACCCCAUUCUCCACCUAGUGGAAGCGCUUUCUCAGCCCCUUGGGUGGGACAGAGGCCCUGCCACCUUACUCUGUCACCACUCACCCCUCCCCCUACACACUCGCGCCCCCCACUCCUCUCCAGGCCCUUAUUUUAACUGCCCCUCCCCAGUUUCCCCAGCCUCACUCUGUCCCCUCCUCCGGGGAAGCUCUUUCCCCUUUGUCCUCUCUUCAGCUCAUCCCACUACCUUACUGGUCCCCAGGGACCCCUCAUGCAAGACCAAAGUAAUCAGGUAAAGCCGCCAAUCAGACAAGGGGCCACCAUGGCCCAGGCCUGGCUGGCUGCAUCGUGGCCCCCAAACCCACUGCCGCCUGGUGACUUGUACCCUCCACAAGCCCUGGCCUGGGUUUCCCGGCCCCACAGCCUGUAUAAAGGCUGAGUCCCCUUCCUACACCCUUGACUGGAAACAGUAUUGUUGUUCAUCAGCAACUCUCUGAGUAUCGGUUCCCCGGGAAAGGAGCCUGGGACCUGCGCCAGGGCGGGGCCGCUCCCCAGGCUCCCCGGAAGGUGACCUCUUGACAGACCCCAGCCAGCUUCCCCAGGAGGGAUCUGGGGCCACAACGGGGUUUUGCACUAUGACCCUUACUCCUUCUCUCCUGUACAUGUGUCCUGGGGUUAUCCCUGGUCCAUCCCUCUACUCUGCAUGCUGAGUCCUGGGUUCCAGAAGAAGGGAAGAGGAAGAGGAAGAGGAGAGAGAGGAGGUCCCCUGGUACAUUAAAGUGCUCUCACUUUCUAA